CACCUGUGCUAGGAGGCUAACCAGGGUGGUUGGCCCACUUUGAGCUCUGCAAUGGGGACAAUAGAGAUAUUUCUUUGCAUCUUUCUUGGACAUUUUAUUGCUGCUCAGUCAGUAAUAAAAAAGCAGGAUGACACAUUUUUCCAUGACUUUCCAGGUUUUUUUGACAACAUCAGGCCUUUUCCAUUUGAAAGAAGUUUUGAUUUCCCUCCAUAUGACACCAUCUUCAGCUCGUGGCGGACCCGGAGACCUGACUUCCACAUGCUCGCUGAAUUGCCUCCCAUCAUGAUCGUUCCCAGAGUCGAGGUGUUUUGCGAUGAAUCUAAGCUGACUCUGCUGGUUGAUAAGAGCUCCAACGGUGUCGUGCUAACAGGAGAGGAGAUCCAGCUGGGGGCUGGCUGCUAUAGCAACAGAGAGCUACCAAACCAAUUUGUCUUCACUUACAGUUUGGAUGAGUGUGGAACUACACCUGUGAUGCAAAAUGGCUUGGUGAGAUUUACCAACUCUCUCCACUUGAAUCUCAAAAAACCUCCCCCCAGCUGGUGGUAUACUCCUUCCACUUUGCACGUCUCCUGCGUCCCUAAAAGGUCAUAUCCAAACUUCUUUGACUCAACGCCGGUUCCUAAGAACAGCGAGACCUUUAACAUCAAAGCCAUGAAUCCAUCCUGGACCAGCACUGCAGAGACUAAUAUCUUUAAAAGAGGUCAGGUUGUCAACCUCCAGGUUUCUGCCAAAACCAGGCCAGAGCAGCAGCUCUUCAUCCAGUCCUGUUUUGUCUCUGUGUCUCCUGAGCCUCAGACUAGACUCAGGCAUGCAGUCAUAAUAAAUAAAGGGUGCACAGCCCCGCUGGGUUCUCCCCAUGCUGUCGUACAAUUCGUGGCCUCCGACAGAGCGGAUGUGGUUAAUUUUGUUCUGAACACCUCUUAUCUCAUUUCUGAGAUGUACAUCCACUGUAGUGUCCUCCUCUCAGACCAGGGUGUCAACUUUGGCUCUAAAUCUUGCAACUAUAACCUGCUCCAGUCAAGAUGGGUGGACCUAAGUGGAAAUGUAGAGGUGUGCGAGUGCUGUAGCUCAAAGUGUACAGGCCUGUCAAUCAAGCACCUUGCUGAAGAUGCCAAGGCUAUUGUCAGCACUGGCCCCUUCGUCAUUGUGGACAAACAUAUAGAGAUAAGUCCUGAGCCUCCUGUCCCUGAACCGCAAGAAACGUCCAGCGCUCCUCUUCCAGACCCCAAGCUGUCUGAUCGUGCAGUGACUGAGGACCCAAUCAUUUCUGGCGCUUCUGUAUCAAGACCCCCUCAGGGUGUAGUGGUUGCGAGUCAGGACCCAGUUGCCAAACUGACCCUUUGGUUACCUGGACAGGUGCAGGAUGGUGAACACGGGGAGAAUAUCGUUUCUGAGCCCGAAGACCAUUUGAAGUUGCAGCCAAGCGACACCGUAUCAAAUGACCUUCCCGAGCUGCGACCUUCAACCGCAGAUCAGGAGCCUCUUCUGAGUACAAACACAAUCUAUCCAAGUGCAAAUGAACCAGGAAGUGACGGUCGUAUGUGGGAUUUGAGUCUUCUUACACUAAUUGAUGGAUUUGCGCUUCUUCCACAAAUGGUAAAAGCAGCUUUUGCAGAGAAAUCCCAAAGAAAAAGGCGUUUUGAUAGCUCUGGAAUGGUUUACACAGAGGCCCCACGAGAGGUUGACCUCCCUCUAACAGCUGAGAUGAAUGUAGAUGUCCUAAACCAGAAUGAUUUUAACCAAAUGAUAGAUGAGCUGGCAGAUGCCACUGUUAUGCCCCAGGAAGACGCAAAUGAUGCCCAACCAGUAAUUCGCUCCAAACUUCAGUUUUCCAAAAGCACGGAUGGAUCACAGACGCUGAGUUAUGAGGAAGAAGUGAUGAGACAACAAGAGGGGAAAGGUGGGACCAGUAGAUGUGGGACUAAAAGCAAACAGGAGCCCAGACAGAGACGGCUGCGCUCAACUUUCCUGGAUUUGCUGAGGAGGAUGGACAAAGCAGAAUAAUUGAAUCUUCAUUUAACUGAAUAAAUGUAUUGAGCAAUAA